AUGGAAAGCCCCUCGCUCGUCAACGGCCAUCGGCCCUCCUCCGAUCCCUCUGUCGCAACCCCCGGUGCUUCAACUCUUCUUCAUUCCUCUAUACCUACUUCAUCUUUUGAUUCGCAACCUACUUCGGAUACAAUAACAAAUCCCACACAUCGCCAUGCUUCUGCGCCGUCCACAGAACUUGACUCAUCCUCACCCCUUCCUCCUACAAACGGCCACUCUUUGAAAGUCUCCGACAUCGACUCCGAACACCUCGACGACAACUCUUCCCAACAACCCUCCAAAAACAAUUGCGAUAGACAACGAUCCGAUCAAGAAAUCAACCCACGUCUCGUCAAGAUGCCUUCCGAAUUGGUCAGCAAGACCGUCAGCCCGUUCCUCAAGGAACAUAUUCCUGGCCUCUAUGCACCCUUUGGCAAGGCAAAGACAGCCAUGCCUCUAUCUCCAAAUCCCAACAAUACCACUGCGAUUCGAAAGAGAGAUCCCAACAGCAAGUUUUGCUAUCGUCACCGACCCGACUCGAAAUGUCGACGCGCCGCCGACGAGACCAAGAUGGGUUUUAUCCAAACUGUUAUGCUGACAUUCACGAAGGAACUCAACAGUCUUUCAUCCGCAGACCAAGAAGCCAUUACUCACGUCUGGUCUCUCUUUUCUGCUGCCCCAUCAAAACAUCGUGAGUUGAUGCUACAGGGCAUCAUUACACAAUGCUGCUUCCCUCAACUCUCUACUGUAUCACGCGAGGUACAAGAACAACUAAAGAUCGACUUUCUUGCCGCUCUUCCUACCGAACUUUCCUACAAGAUCCUAUCAUAUCUCGACACAGUCUCUCUCUGCAAGGCCGCUCAAGUCAGCCGUAGAUGGAGAAACCUCGCCGACGACGACGUGGUAUGGCACCGCAUGUGCGAACAACACAUUGAUCGCAAAUGUACCAAGUGCGGUUGGGGUCUACCUCUUCUCGAGAAGAAAAAAUUGACGGCGUGGAGCCGCCAUCAACAAGUUCACCGACAACCGAAUGCCGCCGACGUGGUAGAGAUCGUCGACGAGGCUGAGACACAAUCGAGCGAUUCACGAAAACGACAAGCCGAAGACGAACACCAUCAUGAUGAUCGAGUUGCCAAACGCUCUCGUGUGAGCAACGGAGAAAAGUCAAGACAACAGCUGGAACAAGAACGCAAAUUUCGACCAUGGAAAGACGUUUAUCGCGAUCGUUUCAAGGUGGGGUACAACUGGAAGACUGGUCGUUGCUCCAUCAAGACCUUCAAAGGUCAUGAGAAUGGCGUUACUUGUCUCCAGUUUGACGACAACAUCCUUGCAACCGGCUCCUAUGAUACGACUAUCAAGAUUUGGAACAUCGAGACAGGAGAAGUUAUGCGCACGCUCCGAGGACACACUUCGGCAGUUCGCACUCUUCAAUUUGACGAUUCCAAGUUGAUUAGCGGCAGCUUUGACAAGACCAUCAAGAUUUGGAACUGGCAAACAGGAGAGUGUUUGAACACACUCCAAUGCCAUACCGAGGGUGUAUUGUCAGUCCACUACGAUGGAUGUACUCUGGCAUCCGGCUCCAUCGACAAGACCGUCAAGGUGUUCAGCUUUGAUACCAAGCAGACAUUCUGUCUUCGAGGUCAUACUGACUGGGUCAACCACGUGCGAAUUGACUCGCCCUCGCGUGUCAUCUUUUCGGCAUCGGAUGAUCUCUCGGUCAAGCUUUGGGACAUCGACUCAAAGCAGUGUAUCAAGACAUUCCUUGGCCAUGUUGGCCAGGUCCAGCAAGUUCUCCUGAUGCCUGCUGACUUUGAGCCUGAUGAGGUGCCUCAACUGGACACCACAGACACUGCAUCCGUAUCCAGUGGUCGAAGUAACAGCCCCCCUGCAGCGACUGCCGAGCAGCCUGUCGAUGCUCGGGCGGCUUAUGGCUCGGGUUUCACAUCCGACCCCGACCGUCCGCUGCCCCCGCGCUACAUGCUCACUGGUGGACUGGACAACACGGUCCGUUUGUGGGACACUACCACUGGCAAGUGCAUCCGCAGCAUGUUUGGUCAUGUUGAGGGCAUCUGGGGCCUUGUUGGUGACACUCUUCGUGUGGUCACAGGGGCUAAUGACUCCAUGACCAAGAUCUGGGAACCUCGCUCUGGAAAGUGUGAGCGGAGCUUCACUGGCCAUGCUGGCCCAGUCACCUGUGUCGGUUUGAGUGACAGCCGCAUGGCAAGUGGCAGUGAAGAUGGCGAGGUGCGGUUGUACAGCUUUGAAGGAGAGCGUGUCGAAGAGCGCGGUACUCCUUCUUAA